AUGAGUGGCAAAUACAAAGCAGUCCUCUGCUGCAUAGCAGGGCUGCUGCUGUGCUGCCGUCCUUCACUUGCAGAGGCUCUGAGGAUAUUCCCUAGCUCAGGCCUCCCUGCCAGAGCUGCUGACUUCUCACAGCUGCCAUUUUCCAUCCCCAUUGCAACAGCUGGUGGAUUGCCGCCGCCACCCUAUGGCUACCAGCCAGCUCCACCUCCCUACUACAGUCCUGGGCCCCCAUCUUACGGCCCAUCGCCCUACACACCGCCUCCCUACUCACCACCCCCCUACAGCCCACCCGCCUAUGCGGGGCUGAUGAUUGUUGUUCCCCUUGGCCCUGGCCCCGCCAUACAGCCCUCCCUCCCAUGGUCCCCCAUCUUACUCACCUCCUCCAUCGUACUCUCCACCGCCACCGCCAUACAGCCCUCCCACCUACGGGCCCCCAUCUUACUCACCUCCUCCAUCGUAUUCUCCACCGCCACCGCCAUACAGCCCUCCCACCUAUGGGCCCCCAUCUUACUCACCUCCUCCAUCGUACUCUCCAUCGCCACUGCCAUACAGCCCUCCCACAUAUGGGCCCCCAACCUACUCCCCACCGCCACCGCCAUACAGCCCUCCCACCUAUGGGCCGCCGCCUUACACACCUCCUCCCUGCCACUGCCCGCCCCCCUACAGCCCGCCACCCUAUGGGCCGCCGCCUCCGUCCUACUCUCCUCCACCACCCCCGUCCUACUCUCGACCAUCGCCUCCGUCCUACUCUCCACCAUCGCCACCAUCCUACUCCCCACCGCCGCCCCCGUCCUACUCUCCACCAUCGCCUUACUCACCACCGCCGCCCCCGCACAGUCCUCCCACCUACGGGCCGCCGCCUUACUCAUCUCCCCCUUCCUACCUUCCGCCCCCGCCGCCGCACAGCCCACCCACCUACGGGCCGCCCUCAUACAGCCCUCCUCCCUACUACUCACCGCCCCCCUACAGCCCACCAACCUACGGGCCGCCGACAUACGGGCCUCCUGGCGGCUACUCGAGCCCACCGCCCCCGAGCUACGGCUCGCCUCCGCCCUACGCGCACAGCCCGCCCCCGCCCCCGUAUGGCCAGGACAUCCCUGCCCAGUAUUACGUCAACCAGAGCUCAGGAUUCUCCAGCUCUGCGUGAGUCCUCAAGAAGCAGAAGAAGCGCUCCUGUGA